GUCGCGCGCGCGCGCAGCAGGCAGGCAGGCAGCAGCAGCAACAGCAGCAGCAGACGAGUCGAAAGCCAACACGCGAAGGAGCAGCCAAACACGGAAUCGCUCGCGAGACGGCAAGGCUCGGCUCCGUCUGGCUCGCAGCAGCAGCAGCAGCAGCAGCAGCAGCAGCAGCAGUCCGCGGCCGCCGCGACGAUGCUGACUGGCUGAAGGGCCAGAUCGGUCGAUCGAUCCGACGCCUCGGUCUCCGCGGUUCUCUGGUCGCGUGCGCGCUCCCGAUGCGUCCGCUGCCAGCGCCGCUGGUCGACGGCGAGGAGGAUGCCGACGAGCCCGGUGGCGGCGGCGACGGCCGCAGCGUCGGCUAAUGGCCAGACGCGCCAGCAGGCGAGGUGGAGUCGCCGCUGCCAGCAGCCCCGACGGCGGCCAUGAGGCGGCGAGACCAGCCGCAGCAGCAGCAGCAGCAGCAGCAGCAGCACGAGCAGCCGUCGGCGUCCUCGACGACGCCGGCGGCCGUCGUCGUCGUCGUGGACGCGGUCGACGCACAGGCCGCCAGCGCCGAGGCGACGCCGCGCGACCACGACGACGAGCCCGAGUCCGCCUUGCAGCGCUGCUACCAGCACCUCAAGACGUCGGGGGUCGGCGAGGCGUCGGUCUACCACGCACUGGUGGUCAUCUUCCUGGAGUUCUUCGCCUGGGGCUUGCUGACGAUGCCCGUGAUCUCGGUGCUCAACGAGACCUUCCCGGACCACACGUUCUUGAUGAACGGCUUGAUCAUGGGCAUCAAGGGCAUACUGAGCUUCCUCUCCGCGCCGCUCAUCGGCGCCUUGUCCGACGUCUGGGGCAGGAAGUUCUUUCUACUCAUCACCGUUGCCUUCACUUGCGCGCCCAUACCGCUCAUGUCCAUCAACACUUGGUGGUUCUUCGCCAUGAUCUCCAUCAGUGGCGUUUUCGCCUGCACCUUCUCCGUUGUGUUCGCUUAUGUUGCUGAUAUCACCGAGGAGUCUCAGAGAUCCAGGGCGUACGGACGGGUAUCCGCGACCUUCGCCGCGAGUAUGGUGAUCAGUCCAGCGAUGGGCGCAUUCACGAUGUCGACGUACGGCGAGAACGUGGUGGUAGCGUUAGCAACUGCGAUAGCGAUACUCGACGUAUUCUUCAUCCUCGUGGCUGUGCCCGAGUCGUUGCCCGAGAAAGCACGCCCUCCGGUGCCGAUAUCAUGGGAGCAAGCCGAUCCAUUCGCUGCCUUGGGUAAAGUUGGCAAGGACCACACGAUACUGAUGCUGUGCGUCACCGUGUUCUUGAGUUACUUACCCGAAGCUGGCCAGUACAGUUGUAUAUUCGUCUAUCUGAAACUCGCCAUGGGAUUCUCGGCGACCAUGGUGGCCGUAUUCAUCGCCGUCGUUGGUAUACUCAGUGUAUUGGCGCAGAUUCUUUUGGGUCCACUGAUGCGAACGCUGGGUAGCAAGCACACGAUAAUGCUAGGUCUGCUGUUCGAGUUGUUGCAACUGAUGUGGUACGGCUUUGGCUCGCAGACCUGGAUGAUGUGGGCAGCUGGUCUGCUAGCCUCGAUAUCGUCCAUUACCUAUCCAGCGAUUUCGGCGUUCGUGUCGAUGCAUUCGGAUGCCGAUAAGCAAGGAUUGGUGCAGGGCAUGGUCACGGGCAUGCGUGGCCUUUGUAAUGGCUUGGGGCCGGCAAUGUUCGGCGUGAUAUUCUACUUGUUUCACGUGGAUCUCAAUGACAAAACACCCACGCUACCGCUCAAACCUGCUCUACUCGACGAUAAUAAUAACACCGGAACUGCCGCGCAUCUUGACGUUAUUCCACAGGUGAUUUAUCAUCACCUUCCGUUCUCGUUGGUACCAGGACCCCCAUUUGUAUUUGGUGCAUUACUAGUUAUUUGCGCGCUAUUGGUAGCUGCUUUUAUCCCCGAAGCGACUCCGAUAAUAACGGGGCAGCUACAUCAUUCUUCUACCUCCCGAAGGCCUUCCGGUAAAUACGCAUAUCAAAAAUGCCUCUCGCUAGACGUUCACUACGAUACCGAUAGGAUAAGCAGCGGCAGGGGGAAGGUCGGACCAUUGUCGCCACUAGUCGAUAGCUGUAAUUCAGCGGCGCUGUAACGGACUAUAUUAUUGGAAAAAUGAGGAACAGAGAAAGAGAGGGUGAGACAGAGAGAGAGAGAGAGAGAGAGAGAGAGAGAGAGAGAGAGAGAGAGAGAGAGAGAGAGAGAGAGAGAGAGAAAGCUUAUAAUAUAAGCACAAAAACAACAACGUUCGUUGGGUUGCUUUUCGCGCGCGAUUGAAGUAUGUGCGAGGUCGCAUUAUUUUGUUAAAAUAACUCCAGCUGCGAUGAACUUUUAUACAAUUGAAGAUAUAAAAAACAUAACAAUAGCGAUUUAAUAUAUUUAGCCAUCAACACAAAAAAAUUGUCUCUUCUAUGCUUCGCAUAUAGUUGUUUAUAGAGAAGUGAAAAUAUUUUUUCGAAUUCAAAUAAAACAAACCUGCUAAGGCGUAUUACAAGAUAACAGUGAAAAACAAGCUUAUAUAUGUAUAUCGUUAGGUUGUGAGAGAAAACCAUUAAAUGACAAAAAAAAGUGAAUAACAAAUUCAUAAAUUAUUCUAGAAAGAGCUGGUUUUACGUAGAGAUGUAGUGUACCAGUCGUUAGUCGUCUUUGGUUCGAAUUUUACAAUUUCUUUCGACAAUCAUUUUAAUCUUUGUACAGUUCGAAUUCUACGAAAAAAAUAAUAAUUAAAGCGCUUGAACGCUUAUAUACACUAUAAAAAAUACUUUUGUAAAAUCACUAGCUGAGAGUUGGACACGAAACGGACCUAUUCUAAGAACCAGUGAAAUCGCUAGCAGCUAGUAAAUUUACUAGUUUAGUGUAGUAAUACUUUUACAGUCGAAAUAGUACUUUUACAACGAGAUAGUAUUUUUACAACGAAAGCCAAGAUUUCAGCUAUCAUAAAGUUACUAGUCUCAGAGUUGGACACCAAACGGACCUCGUCUCAGAGACAUAAUUUUUUACUAGACGGAUUGUAAAUUUACUAGAAUUUGUAAUUUUACUAGUAUAAGACUAGUAAAAGUACUACACUCGGAAUUAGACAUUAGUUGUAAUUUUACUGUUAGAUAGUUAUUAUACAAAAGUAUUUUUUAAAGUGUAUAUAUGUAUGUAUGUACGCAUGUAUGUAUGUAUGUACAUAUGUAUGUAUGUACAUAUGUAUGUAUGGGUGUAUGUACGUAUGUAUGUAUGUAUGUAUGUAUUUACGUAUGUACGUAUGUAUGUAUGUAUGUAUGUAUGCAUGCAUGUAUGUAUGUAUGUAUGUAUAUUUAGAUAAGCAUACGAAUUGUCUGAAAUAUCUUUGAUAAAUUUUGUAUAUUUUAAACGUAAGGAUUUGCUUUCGAAACGAGUUGUCAAUUUUUAACACAAUUUACGAAUAUUGAUUUUCGUAAAUAAUGUUUACUUGAAAAAUUCCUAAGCGAAAUUUUACGUUAUCCUCAAAGUAUCAUUAUUUACCAGAAUAUAAAUUUGAAAGUGAUAAUUAAAUAUACGAAAAAAAAAAAUUGAAAACCUAAGACGGCUAACGCAGUCUAGUAAGUGUGACGCAUUAUGUAGGAUAAAAUAAACUAAAACAGAGCCAUUUGCUUGGACACAAUUUAGCCAAUUGCGUGAGCAUCGAUUACGCGAGUGAUAAUGAAUAUAAAAAAGUGAACUAUUUUAAUAAGCUUACCGAGAGUAAGAGAGCAAAAGAGAGAAAUAGAAAGAGAGUAUGCGGGAGAAAAAGAAAAACUAAGUAAAGCACAAGUGCAUAGUCAAGGUGAGAUUGUUCAGUAUUGUUCCAUGUAUAUUUUUUUGUUUCGAAAUCGAAUCUUCCUCAACUUGAUUUGCUCCGUUACACCUUUAUCAUCCUUUACAAUAAUUAUUGCUUUUUAUUUUGCGAAUAUUAUUUGUUUUUUCGACAUUUCGUGUACAAAGUGCAAUUUUCUCGCACGCUUAGCCAAAAACAUGCGUUUAAAAUCGAACUUUGCACACGUCAUAAAAAAAAAUACCAUACAAGACAUGUUCGGAAAAAAGCAUCUCGUUUCGUGUGGCUUUCCACCCGCGCUUCGCUUGGCCGUAAAUACCACACGAGACAAGAAUCUGCUUUUCCGCACUACUUAGGUAAUGUACUAGUUUUUUCCGCUCUGUAUACUAGAAUAUUUUUUUUUUGCAUUUACUAGAAUGAUGAAUGCCGAAUGAAAUAAUACAAUCCGUUUGUUUCUAAUGCAGUUUUUUUUAACGCAGUUUAAUUUUUUUUCAUUGCGGCUAACAUUUCCUCUCUAAGGCAAUGAAAUGCCACUCUCUAAUUACGUUGACGAGACUCAGUUUGAUGAGUUUUGAAAGACAGGAUUUUCAUUUUGAUGUAUCUUUACGAUAAAACUUGACGCUUAUCGCACUGUGGCAAAGGUUUACCUGUUAAAUGAACUAUAUUGAUUAUCUUACAAUUUUUUUAAGAUAAUUUUCUUGGUUAUACAAAAACGAAUAAUUAUUGUUCGAGUUAUACAAUUGAUUUUACAAUAAAGUUACGUUUAAUUUAAAAAUUCACUGUAGAAGCAAAAUAUUGUCAUAAAUAAAUGAACGAAUGAGCCUUUACCUCAGUGUCAUCGAGUUGCAACAAGCUGUGUAAAUAGUAAUAUAUGUAUGCAUUUCUCUUGUUUCAUAAAAAAAGCGAUACUUGUCAUAUGCGACAGAGGCUGUAUUAACGGUAUGACUAAAUGGUAAAUUAAAGACGAACGUAUAUAUGUAUGUGUGUGAAAAAGAGAGAGAGAGUGAAUUGAUUCUUUUGAAAAUGCUAUAAACUUAUUGUAAUAAAGUAUUGUUAUGGGCGUGCAAUGCUCGUUUGAUGUCUUUAACCGAAUAUUCCAAUUCGAUCGAAUUGAUCGAAAAGACACGAAAGACACGAAAUCACACGUUAACAUAAUACACGUACAUAAUUUAUCUCGCACGACAUAUGUACGAUUACCUCGCGUACGAUUGCAUUUUCCCGAAAUGACGAUUAAGAAUUACGUUGAUUGUACAUAUACACACGCACAAUAACGAGAGAAUUCUGCAAUCGCACUUGCACAAUUGUAAAAAAAAAUUUGAUCGUGCGUAUUUCUUGCUUGUCUCGGAAUGCUGUCGAACAUGAGAUGAUCUAAUUUUUUUUUUUUUUUUAGAGGGAGCGAAUUAACUUUGUUUCCAAUUUGUACAAUGAGGUUGUUGUUUCACCGCUUUUUGAUAAGAGAACGUGUUGAUAAUAAAUUUAGCUAUUAAUUGUCGUUUUUUCAUUACACGUCGAUGAACUUUUUGUAAUUUUUGUCCGCGCAUUGUUCAACUGUUCUUCGAAUAAAAGUCCGAUUGAGCUUGAAUUCUUUUAUAUAUACGUAUAAAUAGUUGUAAUCUGUAGAGGCACAUUCCUUCGAAUUUUUGAUGAAUUCAUGUUAACAAAAAACAAUUUAUUGUACUUUUUACUUUAUAAAAAUGAACACAUUUCGGUCAUAGCUUUUUUUGUGUAGUCAGUACUAUCUUGUAGAUAUUUUGAUUUUCAAACAGUGAGAAAAUGUCACUACGCUAUCUGAAAAUCUAAAGUACAAAAACAAACUGAUUUAUCUUAUCUAAACAAUUUUAAAAAAAUGAAUAAAAUCAAUUUUCUAACGUUACGUUAUUUUAAAAAAACGUAUUCCACGCUGAAUGCCAUUGCCAAAGUCUUGUUCUGUUUUCUACUCUGUGUCGUUUGAUGAUUAUGCGAUAAUACAUUAACCACGUAAAUAAAUAAAAAAAAACGAAUAAUAGUAUUUUCAUCAAAUUCUCAUCGACUACGUAAUUCUGAGUGCAAGACACUUUAGGUCAUUCUAAUUUUUAUAGUGAAAUACACAAUACACACACGCGCGCGCGCGCGCGCACGCACGAGAUUAUAAACAAAUAAAAAACAACUAACUGAAAAAAUAACAAAAAAACUUUCAUUUUAGAGUUGACAAGUUAUAAUAAAAAUAAUGACGCAUUGUAAAAUUUAGAUUGAAGAGUUCUAUAUCCCAAAGUAAAGGGAUAAAAGAGCGAUAGCCAAAGAUCGCGAUCAGUUGUAGAUGAAAAUAGGACGAGCAAAGAGAGUAAAAAAGUAACUAACUAAUAAAGCAUAAGUUCAUUUGUUACUUUUCCGUAUAUAGCAUCAAUUGUUCAUAUAAUAAUGUGAUUACCCUCGGUGUGCGGAUCGAGAGUGGAAUAGUUUUUAUUUGAAUAGAGUGAGGCAGCGUCGACUCGAUUAUAUAUAUAAAUAUAAAUAGCAAAUAUAGUCUGCCGAGCGUUAGAAUAUAUAUAUAUUUGAGUGUAAGAGACAAAAAAUAUUGUUGAAAAGACCAACUACUACGACCUACGCACGUUCACCUAUAUUUGUAAUUUAUUUGUAUAAGAAAAUUAAGUUCUUUGCUGUUUUCUUUUUGAUGAAUCGGCGCAUUUUUAAUUUCACUUUUCUUUUCGUGUUCGUGCCGAAUGACCUUUACAGCAGCAUGUAUUAAAAACACGAAAUGGAUCAUAUUGUAUAAUAAAGAAAUAAAUUAGAUAAAAACAAAAAUAUCAAAAUAGUACAUGGAAAAUCGAGGGGCAAUUUUAAUGCGGAUAAAAGCUCAACUUCGUGGUAGGUUGAGUUGUAAAAUGUAAAUGUACGAAAAACAAAGGAUGCAUUAAAUAAA